AUGGGCUUCGGUGCUCCUCGCGGACGUGGUGGACCCCCUGGUGGACGUGGUGGACGUGGUGGAUUCGGCGGUGGCCGUGGUGGUGGUAGAGGCGGACUCGGAAGUGCCUCUCGUGGCCGUGGUGGACCCCGCGGUGGAGGUCGUGGUGGACGUGGCGGCCCUCCUGGACGUGGUGGUCGCGGUGGCCGUGGCGGCCCUCGCGGCGGUGCUAGAGGUGGUGCUAAGGGUGGUGCCAAGGUCAUCAUUGAACCCCACCGUCAUGCCGGUAUCUUCGUCGCCCGUGGCGGUAAGGAAGAUUUGCUUGUCACCAAGAACCUGACCCCCGGAGAGGCUGUCUACGGUGAGAAGCGCAUUGCUGUUGAAACCCCUACCGAGGAUGGUACCGCUACCAAGACCGAGUACCGUGUCUGGAACCCUUUCCGUUCCAAGCUUGCUGCUGGUGUCUUGGGUGGUCUCGAUGAUAUCUACAUGAAGCCUGGCUCUAAGGUUCUCUACCUUGGUUCUGCCAGCGGUACCUCCGUCAGUCACGUUGCUGAUAUCGUUGGACCUACUGGUAACGUCUACGCCGUCGAGUUCUCUCACCGUUCCGGUCGUGAUCUGAUCGGCAUGGCCACCCACCGUACCAACGUCGUCCCCAUUGUCGACGAUGCCCGUCACCCCCUUCGUUACCGUAUGCUGGUGCCUAUGGUUGACGUUAUCUUCGCCGAUGUUGCCCAGCCCGAUCAGGCCCGUAUUGUUGGUCUGAACGCUCACAUGUUCCUCAAGGAGGGUGGCGGUGUCAUCGUCUCCGUCAAGGCCAACUGUAUUGACAGUACCGCCAAGCCGGAGGUUGUUUUCACUCGCGAAGUCCAGAAGAUGAGAGAGGAGAGGAUCAAGCCCAAGGAGCAGUUGACUCUGGAGCCUUUCGAACGUGAUCACUGUAUCGUUGCUGGUAUCUACAAGCGUUCUGCAUAA